AAUCAUUUACCUAAAGACAGACAUGAGACUCUCACAAGAUUAAGUCAGGAGAGAAAAUGGAGUCUUUGUUAAUUUUCUUCCUACUGGCAUCCGCCUCUUCACAAAAUGCAGAAGUCGACAGAGACUGGGCAUUACACAAUCCUGACUUGUUCGAAGGUGAUAUUUUGGACCUAGAUCCGCAAGGAGACAGAAAUGCUAUUCCAGAUGAAGCUCAGCGUUGGCCUAACGGACGGGUUCCAUAUCAGAUGGAUCCAUAUACCACUUAUGAUUCAAAAGAGAAAGAAAUGAUCAAAAAGGCUAUGGCGGAAUAUGAAGAAAAAACUUGCAUUCGUUUCGUCGAAAAAGAUGAAGAUGAAAAAGAUUUCAUUCUUAUUUUCGCAGGAAGAGGGUGUUAUUCAAAGGUAGGUAGGACUGGUGGAAUACAAGCAUUGUCAUUUGGGAAAGGCUGCUUCCAGCAUUCGACACUUGUGCAUGAGCUUGGACAUGCAAUAGGUUUCUAUCAUGAGCACACGAGAUCUGACAGAGACGAUUACAUCACCAUUCAUUGGGAUGCAAUUAUGAAUUCGGCUAAAGACCAGUUCUACAAAUUGAGGCCAUCAGAAAAUCGCAUUCUGGACACAUUUGACUACAACUCCAUUAUGCUUUAUGGUGAAAGAACUUUCUCAAAGGAUGGUUGGACCAAGACUAUGACAGCCAAAGAGAAAGGAGUAAAACUGCUGGAUGUUUAUGAUAAAAAAGGUCUCAGCGAUAGUGAUGUUAAACGAAUUAAAAAACUGUACGAAUGCAAAUAACUUAUAAUAGUAUAAAUAAAAAUAAAAAUGUAUGCAUUAAAAUUAAA